AUGGUCAGUCUCGAAACUACUCUCGCCGGAAUCCCAUUGAAAACCUGUGUCUACAAUGCAUCAGGUCCUCGAUCUGGAAACUCUUCCGCCUUGGCCAAAGUGGCUGCCUCCAGAUCGGGUGCUAUUUUGGCAAAAUCUGCAACCGUUUCCUCUCAGAACGGUAACCCACAGCCGCGUACCUGGCACAGCCCUGACGACAAGGCAUCCAUGAACUCGGAAGGUCUUCCAAACAAUGGAAUCGACUAUUACAUUGAGAGUUCAACCAUUGAAGAGACCCUUGCUGGUUGCAAAGAAGGAUCCACCAAGCCAUACAUGGUCAGUAUCUCAGGAAAGACAUUGGAUGACAACUUGGCCAUGUUGGACAAGAUUAAUACUUCCCCCGCGAAUAUUCCUCUGGUGGAACUCAACUUGGCAUGUCCCAAUGUCAUUGGAAAGCCCAUUAUCGCCUACGACUUUGACCAAUUGAAAAUGAUUUUGAAAACAAUCCAAUCCAAGAAAUACAAGGUCAAGCUGGGUCUCAAGUUGCCCCCUUAUCUGGACAGCAAGCAUUUGUCACAAGCAGCCGCUAUUAUUAAUGAAUAUUCGAGUAUGGUGAGCUAUGUAGCUAGCAUCAAUACCAUUGGAAAUGCUCUUUCGGUGGAUCCAGUCUCUGAAGCCCCAUUUAUUUCCUCCAACAAUGGUCUAGCUGGCCUGAGCGGACCAGCGGUCAAGUACACGGCUCUUGCCAAUGUUCGCCAAAUGCGAGAGCAAUUGGACAAAUCUAUUGAUGUCGUUGGCGUUGGAGGAAUUGAAAGCGGAACGGAUGUUUUCCUGUUCCUCCUCUGUGGAGCUACUGCUGUUCAAGUUGGAACCUGCCAUUGGAAGGAAGGCGCCACAUGUUUUGAUCGCAUCUGCAACGAGCUAGAAACAAUUUUGCAAGAAAAAGGAUAUUCCAGUGUCCAGGAUGUGAUUGGACAGCUCAAGCCAUGGUCCAAGGAGGGUGCGGCCAAAUCACGAGCCGCCAAGAAGCUAGAGACUGGAGGAUCUGCUGGGGCAACCAAGACUGCAAAUGGGAGUAGCGACUUUGCCAAGAUGUUGAACAACAUUCUGUUGGUAGUGAUUGCGAUUCUAUUGGCGGAUAAGUUUGGAGUCUUGCAGUCACCAACCGAGUAA